CCCACCUGUAUAGUAGAUCAUGGACGGGAGUGGCAACAAUAACCCGACGACCGCGUGGCACCCACGCAAACUCUUUUGCUCUCAGCCACGGAGAGAAGGAAACUCUCGGAGGUUGGAGCGACCGCAAUCUUGCUCAAAGUUUUGACGCCGAACCACUGUCCAGCGUUGCGGUUCAUAGCACCUCAAUUCGAAGCUCGAUGACUUUGUGCUCUUGCUCAACGAAAACUCUUCACUAUCUGGGACUAUUGCCUAACCUGCUCUUCCUGACCACACAUCAAUGGGUAACACGGCAUCGAUGCCGACAGCCGCCGGCGCCUCCUUUUUAGAGCUUCCCCUGGAGCUGGUCGUAUGCAUCGCCGAACACGUCCCACCAGAGAGUAUUGCUGCGAUGGCGUUGACGACCAAGUCAUUGUACGAAAGUUCACAAUUCCAACAGAUGUGGAGGCCGAAGAUCAAGUGCAAGCCUAACAAGCUGAUAUUUCUUCUGGCCAGGGACGUUCCACAAUCAGUACUCUGCACAUGUUGUCAUCGCCUUCAUCCUCGUAGAGAUACUCCGAAGUUGACUAGAGAUUGGAAGAAAUGGCAGGCAUGCUCACGUAGCACUGGAACGUGGCUUCACCUUGACCCCUGGAAUUAUCAUAUACAGUUCGAGGACGUAUAUGAGGUCAUGAAUCGACAUCGGUGGGGCAAACUUGGAGAGGAUCUCUCUUCCAUUGCGACACACACAGCCUGGAAGGUCAUGACGCCUGCAGAUCUCGAGGCCCUCGACGGACGUUCUCAUGCGCUGGGUGAUGUCAAAUUGAGCCUCGGUCGCUGCCUUGCAAAAUCUGAUGCUAUACCUUUGAUCAUCGAUGGCAAUCUAGUCCUACAAACCACACAAAGUAUGUGGUAUCAUCCAGAGAUGUGGGAGGAGAUGCAGAAGUACGGUGUCAGGCGUCAUCCCUUCCGCCACUGUAAACACUGGAAUCUACCGACAAGCGAAGACGCUCCUGACUUCCUCACUCUAGAGUCGGAAAUGUUCUGUUGCGACAUCAGAAAAUGCCUCAAUGUACUUGACUCCUUAAGGCGGACUGAACAACCCAACAUAAGCCACCAUGAGACCACAGAGGAUAGAAUUUGUGCCCGCUGCACGACAGAAUACAAAACCGAUGUCUGGGAUCAUGGCAAAUGGGGCGUCGAGGUUCGACUUCACACCUACACAGAUCUAGGCUCUUGCAUUGAGUCAACGGAGGUCCAUUGGUUCUCAGCAGCGCACCACCAAGGUGAUAUGUAUGAUGCUGACUAUUGCCGAGAAGCAAGUUAUCAUCUACUGUCAGAAUGGGGUUCUUACCGCAGAGUCGGCAGCGUCAAACGGGUAGCUUAUAGCGCAAUUGGGUGCGCUUCUUUCGAACGUGCUCUGAACAAGCUUGAUCUUCAAGGAGAUGUUUCCGGAGACCUGGAAUUGUGGAAAGCAGUCAGACGGGCCUACCGAAGUUGUUCGGAACAGGCAGCACGGCGGCAUCCGAGACGUCCUCGCGCACUCCCAGGCAUGCUGAUACGAAAGUGAGGCAGGGAUCGAUGACCACGCGAGAGAUAUCUGCGUUAGUCUAGCAAACAUAAAUCUACCCUUUGAGAGUAAUCACUACGAAAGUCAAGUGCCU